UCUCUGCUGUUUCCUCCAGGUCUGGGUGGUGCGUUCGGGUACCUGGUGGGAGCGAUGGACUGGGGCCACUCUGUUCUGGGAGAGGCGCUGGGAUCAGAGUACCAGGUCAUCUUCUUCUUCUCAGCGCUCACCUGGGGAGUCUUCCUCACCCUGCACCUCUUCAGUAUUCCUGAACAGCCUCUGGAUAAAGACCCCUCAGACUCUGGCCCCUCUAAACCCAGUGCCCUCCGCCUGCUGGGAACUCAGAGUAAUGGUUACGGAGCGUUGGUUAAAGAACCCGUCUCUCCAGUGGGACCCGGACCCGUCACAGACCUCAGGCCCAGAUCCUUCUCUGCUCUGGGGGAAGCCAACUCAGUGACCUCCAGCGCCAAGCAGCCAAACAAAGAGGCCCAGAAGAGGAUGACAUUCAGGUCGAUGAUGAAAGCGUUAAUGAAUAUGCCGUGUCAUUACCGCUACCUGUGUGUCAGCCACCUGCUGGGCUGGACCGCCUUCCUCUGCAACAUGCUCUUCUUCACUGAUUUCAUGGGACAGAUCGUGUACAAGGGGAAUCCGUAUGCAGAGCACAACUCCACGGCCUACAGUAGGUAU